UUUUCUUUUUUUUUUUUUUUUUUUUUUGUUUAUUUAUUAUAUGUAAGUACACUGUAGCUGUCCUCAGACACUCCAGAAGAGGGAGUCAGAUCUUGUUAAGGAUGGUUGUGAGCCACCAUGUGGUUGCUGGGAUUUGAACUCCUGACCUUCGGAAGAGCAGUCGGGUGCUCUUACCCACUGAGCCAUCUCACCAGCCCCAAGAAUUUUCUUUUUAGUUGCGUGUGUGUGUGUGUGUGUGUGUGUGUGUGUGUGUGUGCGCGCGCACACACGCAUGCACAGAUUCCCCUGAGGCCAGAAGAGGGCGGCAGAGCCAUGGAGCUGGCCUUACAGACAGUUGUUUGCUGGUGCUGGGAACAAAAGGAACCUUGUGUUUUCUUUACAAGAUCUUACUUUUAAUUACUUAAAAAAGUAUAUAAGCCGGGCAUGAUGGCACACGCCUUUAAUCCCAGCACUUGGGAGGCAGAGGCAGACGGAUCUCUUGACUUCCAGGACAGCUGGGGUUACAUAAAGAAACCCACUCUCAAACAGCAACAACAAAAAGUUUUAUGUUCUUUUUUUCUGACUGCGCAUGUGCCUUCGACACAAUGUCGGUGACUGUCCCUCCAUAAGGAAAGCAUGCUGACCCUGUCACAGACACAGCACACAUGGGACCCUUGCAGGCUCUGCUGUUGUGUGUUUUGUUUUAUUCAGUCUCAUAAGAACUUCAGGUCUUAACACAAACGCUGUGAAGUCGGCCUGGGUGCAUACCACAUGCCAGUUCGGAUGUUUUCCCAAUUUCCUUGGAGCAUAGGUACACAAGCCCAUCACUAGGGAUUCGGUCCAACCUCAUUUUAUUAUGUGCUGUAUUGUAGGAACAACAGCAUGGUGUAGCAGGUGCUGGACCAUGGUUACCUCUAAGCAAACAAACACCCCUUACCCUCACCCCCACCCCCCCAGACAGGUUUUUCUAACCUUGGCUGUCGUGGAACUCACUCUAGAUCAGGCUGGCCUCCAGGUGUGUACCACUACCACAACUCAGCACAGGUCGUGUGCCCCCACUCCACCCCCUCUUUUAAGCCAGUGAGUUUAGUCAGGCUGCUUAUAGAGCAGGUAUGAGGGACUGUUCACAGCAACAUGGAUGGCUGCCCUGCUAACAGUCAUCUUUUAUAACAUUCUAACGUACUACAAACCAGAGCGUGCUGAGGGGCAGCAGGAAAACACGGUCCUUCUCUGUUUCUGAUGGAUUGUAAGCGGCGACAAGGACCAGGCCCUGGGGUGCCCCCAAAGCGGGCUCGAGGGCACCUCUGGGAUGAGGACGAGCCUUCGCCGUCGCAGUUUGAGGCGAACCUGGCACUGCUGGAGGAAAUAGAGGCUGAGAACCGGCUGCAGGAGGCAGAGGAGGAGCUGCAGCUGCCCCCAGAGGGCACCGUGGGUGGGCAGUUUUCCACUGCAGACAUUGACCCUCGGUGGCGGCGGCCCACCCUACGUGCCCUGGACCCCAGCACGGAGCCCCUCAUCUUCCAGCAGCUGGAGAUUGACCACUAUGUGGGCUCAGCACCACCCCUGCCAGAAGGGCCCCUGCCAUCCCGGAACUCAGUGCCCAUACUGAGGGCCUUUGGGGUCACCGAUGAAGGCUUCUCCGUCUGCUGCCACAUACAGGGCUUUGCCCCCUACUUCUACACCCCCGCGCCUCCUGGUUUUGGGGCCGAGCACCUGAGUGAGCUGCAGCAGGAGCUGAACGCAGCCAUCAGCCGGGACCAGCGCGGUGGGAAGGAGCUCUCAGGGCCGGCAGUGCUGGCAAUAGAGCUAUGCUCCCGUGAGAGCAUGUUUGGGUACCACGGUCAUGGCCCUUCUCCAUUUCUCCGCAUCACCCUGGCACUACCCCGCCUUAUGGCACCAGCCCGCCGCCUUCUGGAACAGGGUGUCCGAGUGCCAGGCCUGGGCACCCCGAGCUUCGCACCCUACGAAGCCAACGUGGACUUUGAGAUCCGGUUCAUGGUGGAUGCUGACAUUGUGGGAUGCAACUGGUUGGAGCUGCCAGCUGGAAAGUACGUUCGGAGGGCGGAGAAGAAGGCCACCCUGUGUCAGCUGGAGGUGGACGUGCUGUGGUCAGAUGUGAUCAGUCACCCACCGGAGGGGCAGUGGCAGCGCAUUGCACCCCUGCGUGUGCUUAGCUUCGACAUCGAGUGUGCUGGCCGAAAAGGCAUCUUCCCUGAGCCUGAGCGUGACCCCGUGAUCCAGAUCUGUUCUCUGGGGCUGCGCUGGGGGGAGCCGGAGCCAUUCUUGCGUCUGGCACUCACGCUGCGGCCCUGUGCCCCCAUCCUGGGUGCCAAAGUGCAGAGCUAUGAGCGGGAAGAAGACCUGCUCCAGGCCUGGGCCGACUUCAUCCUUGCCAUGGACCCUGACGUGAUCACCGGCUACAACAUUCAGAACUUUGACCUCCCAUACCUCAUCUCUCGGGCACAGGCCCUAAAGGUGGACCGCUUCCCUUUCCUGGGCCGCGUGACUGGUCUCCGCUCCAACAUCCGUGACUCCUCCUUCCAAUCAAGGCAGGUCGGCCGGCGGGACAGUAAGGUGAUCAGCAUGGUGGGUCGCGUUCAGAUGGAUAUGCUGCAGGUGCUGCUUCGGGAACACAAGCUCCGCUCCUACACGCUCAACGCUGUGAGUUUCCACUUCCUGGGCGAGCAGAAGGAGGACGUUCAGCACAGCAUCAUCACCGACCUGCAGAAUGGGAACGAACAGACGCGCCGCCGCCUGGCCGUGUACUGCCUGAAGGACGCCUUUCUGCCACUCCGACUACUAGAGCGCCUUAUGGUGCUGGUGAAUAAUGUGGAGAUGGCGCGUGUCACGGGUGUACCCCUUGGGUACCUGCUCACCCGGGGCCAGCAGGUCAAGGUCGUGUCUCAGCUGCUGCGCCAGGCCAUGCGCCAGGGGCUGCUGAUGCCUGUGGUGAAGACCGAGGGCAGUGAGGACUACACGGGAGCCACAGUCAUUGAGCCCCUCAAAGGGUACUAUGACGUCCCCAUUGCCACCCUGGACUUCUCCUCCUUGUACCCAUCCAUCAUGAUGGCCCAUAAUCUGUGCUACACCACGCUGCUCCGACCUGGGGCUGCCCAGAAGCUGGGCCUUAAACCAGAUGAGUUCAUCAAGACACCCACUGGGGAUGAGUUUGUGAAGUCAUCUGUACGGAAGGGCCUCCUGCCCCAGAUCCUGGAGAAUCUGCUGAGUGCCCGCAAGAGGGCCAAGGCUGAGCUGGCUCAGGAGACGGACCCCCUGCGGCGACAGGUCUUGGACGGCCGGCAACUGGCACUAAAAGUGAGUGCCAACUCCGUAUAUGGCUUCACUGGUGCCCAGGUGGGCAAGCUGCCAUGUUUGGAGAUCUCCCAGAGUGUCACUGGGUUCGGGCGGCAGAUGAUUGAGAAAACCAAGCAGCUUGUGGAGUCCAAGUACACCGUGGAAAAUGGCUACGAUGCCAACGCCAAGGUAGUCUACGGUGACACGGACUCUGUGAUGUGCCGGUUUGGCGUCUCCUCUGUGGCUGAAGCAAUGUCUCUGGGGCGGGAGGCUGCAAACUGGGUAUCCAGUCACUUCCCAUCACCCAUCCGGCUGGAGUUCGAGAAGGUUUACUUCCCAUACCUGCUCAUCAGCAAGAAGCGCUAUGCUGGCCUGCUCUUCUCCUCCCGCUCUGAUGCCCAUGACAAAAUGGACUGCAAGGGCCUGGAGGCUGUGCGCAGGGACAACUGUCCCCUGGUGGCCAACCUCGUUACAUCCUCUCUGCGCCGGAUCCUCGUGGACCGGGACCCUGAUGGGGCAGUAGCCCAUGCCAAGGACGUCAUCUCGGACCUGCUGUGCAACCGCAUAGACAUCUCCCAGCUGGUCAUCACCAAAGAGUUGACCCGCGCAGCAGCAGACUAUGCUGGCAAGCAGGCUCACGUGGAGCUGGCUGAGAGGAUGAGGAAGCGCGACCCCGGCAGUGCGCCCAGCCUGGGUGACCGAGUCCCCUAUGUGAUCAUUGGUGCUGCUAAGGGUGUGGCCGCCUACAUGAAGUCGGAGGACCCCCUGUUUGUGCUGGAGCACAGCCUGCCCAUCGACACUCAGUACUACCUGGAGCAGCAGCUGGCCAAGCCGCUCUUGCGCAUCUUUGAGCCCAUCCUGGGUGAGGGCCGUGCAGAGUCUGUGCUGCUGCGCGGUGACCACACACGAUGCAAGACUGUGCUCACCAGCAAGGUGGGCGGCCUCUUGGCCUUCACCAAGCGCCGCAACUGUUGCAUUGGCUGCCGCUCCGUAAUCGACCAUCAAGGAGCCGUGUGUAAGUUCUGUCAGCCACGGGAGUCGGAGCUCUAUCAGAAGGAGGUGUCACACCUGAAUGCCUUGGAAGAACGGUUCUCUCGCCUCUGGACACAGUGUCAACGCUGCCAGGGCAGCUUGCAUGAGGACGUCAUCUGUACCAGCCGUGACUGUCCCAUCUUCUACAUGCGCAAGAAGGUGCGCAAGGACCUGGAAGACCAGGAACGGCUGCUGCAGCGCUUUGGACCGCCCGGCCCUGAGGCCUGGUGACCUGACACGGGACAAGGAAUAAAGUUCAGAUCUUUUGCUACUGGC